UCAGUGUAUAAAAGAUCCAGAAAAAAUAAACUUGGGCUCUCAUCUCUCUGGGAGCCCUCCCGACUCUAUCUCUGUGUCUUUCAUUUUCUUCAUGCUCACUCCCCCAUUCAGGUGCUGUUCGACAAGUGACAGCGGGCUCCGUCACGGGUGGCGCCCGAACAGGGACCUGAAUACGGAGGACCAUAGUGAAGGACACCGUGGAUCGUGAGCUCAGAUAAGUAAUUCAAGGGCGGUGAGUACACUCGGGAGAGUAACAAGAUGGGUAAUGGUAACAGCCGAAUGCUUUUUGUACAUAUGCUUAAAAAUAUGCUUCACGCUCGUGGAGCAAAGGUAGGGCAUCAACAAUUAUGUAAUUUCCUGGAGUUUGUAGAGAAAGUUUGUCCUUGGUUUCCUGAAGAAGGCACAGUAGAUUUAGAAGUAUGGAACAAGGUGGGAAAGCGACUUCAGGACUAUUACGAUGGUCAUGGACCCACUAAAGUCCCUAUAGAUACUUUUAGUUUAUGGGCUUUAAUUAGAGAUAGUUUGGACCCUCGGCAUGAGAGAGAGAGGGUUAAAGGACCCUCCUCAAGUCCUUCCUUGGAGGAGUCUGACAAGGCUGAUGUUCCUGAGGUUUUCCCUCCGCCUCCUAUAGAAAGUGAAACUAAGCCAUCUGCUCCGCCAGUGUAUGCUGAUGCGGAGCCUGCACUAAGGAAGGGCCUUUUUCCAGAUAAGGGUCCCUUAGACCUGGGAGAUGCUGAUGAUUUGGAAGAAGAGGCUGCUAGGUAUAACAGUGAGGACUGGCCCCCCCCUCCCUGUCGUAGCCGUGGCCAGGAAAACUGAAAAAUUCAAGUGGUCAAUGAAUGAGGACGUGACCGAAAAGAUUGCUAGGUUGGAAAAGACAUUGGAGUCUCUUUGCCAGCAGUGGCAGACAGGCUUAAAGGUGGAAGAGGAAGACCAGAAGACUCAGGGAGAGGGAGGAAUGAUUCCUAGUAUAAUCGCUGGUCUUGAUCCCCUGCCAGUUGUAGGUCCAAAAUUAAAAAAAAAAAACUGACCCUCUUAUAGCCAUGAUCAAACAUCCCCCAGGACCCAGACCUUUGUCUGUCAACUCUCGGUCUCUGUCGCCAUUACAAGCUACCCUGCAACAUGCGGUUGACAGAGGAGAAGAUACCCAGGGCUUUCAUUUAGCUUGUCCAGUAUUUGAGGAAGCUGAUGCUCAAGGGAAUAUGGUCAGAACGCAUCGGCCGAUACCUUUUAAACAGCUCAAAGAGCUAAAAAUAGCAUGUGCACAAUAUGGCCCUACCGCACCUUUUACUCAGACCAUGUUAGAAUUGCUGAGUAUGGAUGCGCUGUCUCCAGGGGAUUGGAAACAGCUUGCUAAGGCAUGCUUGUCUGGGGGAGACUUUCUCCUUUGGAAAUCAGAAUUUUCCGAGCAGUGUCAGAGAACAGCUGAAUUAAAUCGAGCUAACAGAAAUGAUGUUGAUUAUGACAUGUUAGCAGGGGAGGGGCAAUAUGUGGACCUUGCCAAUCAAUUAUUGUUUCCUGCAGGAGUAUAUGCACAGGUCAAUACCGCUGCCAAGCGGGCCUGGCAUAAGCUGACUUCUACAGGUAGGCAGACAGAAGAUUUAUCUAAAAUUAAGCAGGGACCUGAUGAGACUUUUCAAGAUUUUGUAGCCAGGUUAAUGGAGACUGCCAGUAGAUUGCUGGGGGAUUCCGAUGCAGGGUUAUUGCUGGUCAAACAACUAGCUUAUGAAAAUGCCAAUACCACCUGUCAGGCAGCCCUAAGACCAUUUAGAAAAAAAGGCACCAUUUCAGACUAUAUUAGAAUGUGUGCUGACAUUGGGCCUGCUUAUACUCAGGGCCUUGCCAUGGCAGCGGCUUUGCAAGGAAAAACCGUUAAAGAAGUGUUGUUCCAACAACAAAAGAGGAAUCCCAAAGGCAGGGUUCCAGGUCCACCAGGGAGUUGUUUUGGAUGUGGUCAAAUAGGCCAUCAGGUGCGGCAAUGUCCCAAUAAGACUCCUCCAGUUAAUUCAAACAAUGCAGGAAAAGGAAAUGGGCCUAGAUUGUGUCCCAGAUACAAAAGAGGCAAUCAUUGGGCUAAUGAGUGUAAAUCCAAAAAGGAUACCAUGGGAAAUAUUCUCCUGCAGGAAAACGGGAGGAGGGGCUCACCCCAGGCCCCGUGACAAUGUUAUGGGGCACUUCAAACAUUCAUUCCCAGCAAGGAAAUCCAUUCAGAAUCUCUUCAGAGCAACCACAGGCAGUGCAGGACUGAACCUCAGUCCCUCUGCCUUCACAGUAUUAACCCCAGAAAUGGGGAUGCAGGCCCUACCUACCGGAGUUUAUGGACCCCUACCAUCAGGGAUGAUAGGGUUGCUUUUAGGUUGAAAUAGUGCUACUAUGAAUGGCAUUCUGGUUGCUCCUGGGGUCAGAGAUGGGGAUUUCAUUGGAGAAAUUAAAAUCAUGACUCACUCACCUACCGGGAUCUCUGUGAUACAAGUGGGACAAUGUAUAGCGCAGUUGGUGUUGCUCCCUCAAGUGCUAACAAAUAAUCCAACAAAAAGAGAAAAAAGAGGAGAUGCUGGAUUCGGCUCCUCAGAUGUUUAUUGGGUGCAGUCUAUAGGAGCCCAACGACCUGAGCUCACCUUGACCAUCGAUGGGAAAAAUUUUCAGGGUCUACUGGACACUGGGGCUGAUGUCUCAAUUCUGACUGCAGACCAAUGGCCUAUGGCAUGGCCUAGGCAACUGACAAUGACACAAUUACAAGGAAUAGGUCAAAGCCAAAGCACUGAACAGAGUAGUAAUGUGUUACUUUGGAAAGAUGCCGAGGGUCAUCAGGGUAGAUUUCCACCGUACAUCGUGCCGGGGCUGCCGGUUAAUCUGUGGGGCCGAGAUGUUAUGAAAGAAAUGGGGGUGUAUUUGUAUAGUCCUAGUGAACAGGUCACCCACCGAAUGUUUGAUCAAGGGCUUUUACCUAAUCAGGGCUUGGGAACUAAAGGUCAGGGGAUACAGGAACUUUUAAUGCCGAUCCAACGACCUUCAAGAACAGGCUUAGGGUGUUUUUGAAGGAGGCCACUGGUCAGCCUGUACUCCACACAGAUCCUAUUACUUGGAAAAGUGAAGAACCCGUGUGGGUGGAUCAGUGGCCUCUCACUGAGGAAAAAAUUACAGCUGCUGAGCAGUUAGUACAGGAACAGCUCGAUAGCAGACAUAUAGCUCCUUCUAAUUCUCCUUGGAACUCUCCUAUCUUUGUAAUUAAGAAAAACUCAGGGAAAUGGAGAUUAUUACAAGAUCUUAGAAAAGUCAAUCAGACUAUGGAAGUAAUGGGAGCCUUGCAACCAGGGUUGCCUAUGCCAUCAGCUUUACCUAGAAAUACUUAUAAGAUCAUUGUAGAUUUAAAGGAUUGUUUUUAUACUAUUCCACUUGCUCCUGAAGAUUGUAAACGAUUUGCUUUUAGCAUACCCUCGACAAAUUUUAAGGAGCCUAUGAAGUGAUAUCAUUGGAAAGUAUUGCCUCAGGGUAUGGCUAAUAGUCCUACUUUAUGUCAGAAAUUUGUAACUCAAGCAGUAAAUGUAGUUAGACAAACAUAUCCCCAAAUCUAUAUUGUUCAUUAUAUGGAUGAUAUACUUUUAGCUCAUAGACAAGAAGCCUUCUUAUUAAUAGCCUAUGUUCAUUUACAACAAGCUUUGAAGGAUCACAGAUUGAUAAUUGCACUGGAAAAGGUUCAGACUGAGCCACCAUAUUCCUAUUUAGGACAUAAGUUAUAUCCCAAAUCUAUAUUACCUCAGAAGGCUCAAAUUAGGAAAGACAAUUUACACACUUUGAAUGAUUUUCAGAAAUUGUUAGGAGAUAUUAAUUGGCUUAGACCAUAUUUACAAAUCUCCAUCGGAGAAUUGAAACCUUUAUUCGAUAUCCUCCGGGGAGAUUCUGAUCCUACAUCUGUUAGAAAAUUAACUGAAGAAGGUCAGAUGGCCUUGUGUGAGAUAGAACAAGCUAUAGAACAAGCAAGUUCAAUAUAUAGAUUAUGCUCCAGGAUGGGCUGCCUAUAUUCUGGUGACAGCACAUACUCCCACUGCCAUUUUAUGGCAGGAUGGUCCCUUGCUUUGGUUGCAUUUGCCUGUUUCUCCAGCCAGAGUGUUAACUCCCUAUUAUGAAUCUGUGGUGUGCCUGGCUCAUAUGGCGCGGGAGGAAUCUCGAAAAUAUUUUGGAGCAGAGCCUUCCUUAAUUGGAGUCCCGUUUACCAAACAACAGCUAGAUUGGCUAUUCCAAAAUGUGGACAUGUGGGCCAUUGCUUUUGCACAUUACCCUGGAUGUAUAGAUAACCAUAUCCCCAAGGAUAAAUUAUUGCAAUUUGUUAAUAUUCAUGCUUUGGUGUUUCCCAAGAU